GGCUCCUGAUACCAAGACACGGAAAAGCAGGGGAGGAAAAGAGAGAACGAACAAGGGGCUGGUGGAGGAAGAGGAGAGGGGAGUUGGAGAAAUCGGGAAAUAACACUUAACAAAAAGCGCACAGAGAAGAGGAGGGACGGCACCCGGCGCGUUGGACAUCCCCAGUUUCUUUCCUCGGGCUGUCACUGCAGAUUGGACUCCGAGGGACCGACACGGUGGCCACCCCAGACCCCAUGGGGUAACAGAUGUUUUGAGGAAAGGCUUUUGUUCAGCUACACAGAUGAACAACAGGAAGGAGGACAUGGAGAUUUCAUCUCACUACCGUCAGCUCCUUAGAGAGCUAAAUGAGCAAAGGCAGCAUGGCAUCCUCUGUGACGCCUGUGUCAUUGUGGACGGAAAGAUCUUCAAGGCCCAUAAGAACGUCCUUCUGGGUUCCUCGCGCUACUUCAAAACUCUUUACUGCCAGGUUAAAAAAGGAGCCGAGCCUCCCCAUCAGACUACUGUUACUCACCUCGACAUUGUGACAGCGACUGGCUUCAAAGCCAUCCUGGAUUUCAUGUACUCAGCGCACCUUGCCCUUACCAGUAAGAACGUCAUCGAGGUCAUGUCGGCUGCCAGCUACUUGCAGAUGACAGACAUCGUCCAGGCCUGCCACAGCUUCAUCAAGGCUGCUCUGGACAUCAGCAUCCGCUCAGAGAUGGCUGAUGAGCUGGCUGACUUUGAAAUCGGAGCUGUUGCUGCAGGUUUAGGAGGAGGUGGAGGAGUUGCGGGGAGUGGAGGAGGGGUCGGUUUAGGUGGAGGCGGGGGUGUUCCAGGAGCAAGUUUGGGAGGAGGAGGUGGGAUAGUGGGCAUAGCUUCUGAAGCCUUGGCCUCCAUCAUUUCUGGUCGGAGCACCUCUCCCUGGCUGGCACGCCGUACUAGUCCAGCCAACUCCUCCGGGGAUUCAGCCAUUGCCAGUUGCCAUGAGGGAGGCAGCACGUAUGGGAAGGAAGACCAAGAGCCACCUAAGAGCCAUGAGAGCCAGGAGGAAGCCUGUCAUGACUCUCAGCCCGCCUGGCCUCAUGACUAUAGGCCGGUCAACGUCAAAGAAGAACAGGUCUCCCCUGCCUCCUCUUCUCAUCCAAGGGACACUCCCAAGGGAUCAACCCAAAGCCAGGUAGAACAAGGGGCAGGGGGAGCUAGUGGUGGAGGCGCUGAAGGACCCUGGCAGCCACUAUCAGGGUCAGGGCGGAGGAAGAACCGGAAGAACAAGGACACAGUCAGGCAUAUUACACAGCAGGCUGAGAGAACCUGGGAUCGGCAGAGGGACAGAGACAGAGACAGUAGGCCUGGAUCUCCACUUCCCCCCAUGCUGGCUGUCAGUUGGAACUACCAUGGACAGGACAUCCCAGGGGCAGACGUGACCGAACCCAACAGCUCAGACAGUCGAGGAGAACGCCUCGAUUUCUUCCUCAAGCAGGAAGAGGCUCUCACCACAGAACCGGGCUUCCUGGGAGCAAACGAAUCGGAGGAGGCUGGUGGAGGGGCAGGAGGCGGAGGCAUCUCAUCCGUAGCCAAUCUGAAGGCAGCCCUUAUGAGUAAGAACAGCCUGCUGUCGCUGCGGGCUGAGAUGAUGGGAGAUGAUAACCCCUUGCUGUAUGAAUACCUGCCCAAAGGAGGACACUCCCUGUCCUGGCUCCGCUCCAACAACUACUCCAGCGCGCUCCGGCCAGGGGCCACGGGGGCCGCUGUUCAUAACAAACAGGGCGCUGGUUCCUCUCCUCCACUUCCUCUUCUUCCUCUUCAUCUACCACCAUCACCACCACCACCACCCCAUCUGCCAUCAUCAACAUCAGCAUACUGCCCACCCUCUCCGCCCACACCACUGCACCCGUCCGAGCCUCGGCCCCUGGAGGCCCCCGGGUUGCGGGCUGGGGCGACACCGCUGCACUCAGACGGCCUGGACAUGGAAGUAGAAGAGGCCCCCGAGGGCACAGAACCCUCCACCUUACCUGAGGAGGGUAUAAAGGACAAAGAAGACAUGAAAGAAUUCAGCACAGCUCUGGAAGGUGACCAGUCCCAUGUCGAGAGGGAUCAGAUGGGCGAAGGAAGCUGUGCCGGUGGCUCAUCAGUGCAGGCAUCAGUGUCUGAAGCUGGCACAGGAUCUAAAGGGCUGCUCGCGCUGGUGAAUGACUUCACGGUGAUCCGUAAAAAGUUCAAGUGCCCCUACUGCAGUUUCUCUGCUAUGCACCAGUGCAUCCUUAAGAGGCACAUGCGCUCCCAUACCGGUGAGAGGCCCUACCCAUGUGAAAUCUGCGGCAAGAAGUUCACCAGACGGGAACACAUGAAGAGGCACACGCUGGUCCACAGCAAGGACAAGAAGUAUGUGUGCAAAGUGUGCAGCCGGGUCUUCAUGUCUGCAGCAAGCGUUGGCAUCAAACACGGCUCCCGGCGGCAUGGGGUUUGCGCUGACUGCUCAGGCCGGGGCAUGGCCGCAUUGCUUGACCACAACGGGGAGACGGGCGGGGAUAUCUCCCCCGAGGAGGAGCUGUAUCCGGGGGAUCGUUUUCACGACGACCAGGCGGAGUGUGAUGGUGAUGGGGAAGGGGAGGAGGAAAUGAUGGUGGAAGGGGACGGUGAGAUUUUAGGAGAGGGGGAGGAAGAGGCAGGGAAGUGGAAGGACUCAGGGAUGGCCGCCGAGGCACAUGGAGCAUUGGACAAUGAGAAGGAGGAGAGUAACUCCUCGGCUCAGGAGGGGGAACAGCACAAUGGGAGUGAGAAGGACUUUGCCUGGAUCUCGUAGAAUAAGUCAGGCCUCCUGUUUGUGGCUUGUCAACCAAUCUCUGGAGAUCUUCUCUGAUCUCUCAGGCAGAUUCCUCUGCUCACUUUACCCACUCGCCCCACCCAAUGUGGGCAGGCCUUCCUUUGUACGGAGAUGCUGUAGGGUGAUGCACGACAAUGAUCGAAACACUCAAAUGCACACAUACACACACACGUACGCAAACACGCUCACACAUACACACACACAAACACACACACACUUUCUCAAGCUUGACCGCCAUAGAAGAAGAGUAAUCAAGAGAUGGCUUGAGUGCAAGGCUUUUUUCCGCUUACCUCCUCCACUUCAGAUGCAGUGUUUUUGUGUUUCUUUUUCUUCUUGCGGGUUCAGGCUGGAGUCCAGCUGUUUUCUGCUCUGUCACAACAGGAAUCAGGCUGCCAAGGACAUGGCCAGUGCUAGACUGCAACUUUGUAUGUUUGCCAUCACAAUCAUCGCAGAAACCAAGGAUCACAGACAGAGCAAGGGUGAAACAGCCAGGAAGGAGGGCGUCUCAAAGCCAGAGUCCAAAUCUACUGCAAAGAUCGAGUGUCAGGGUGGGGGACUGCGAAGCCCCAAAUGACACAUUUUCUUUUUUGAGUCCUACUGCCACAGACUUGCACUUUAAUGAUUACUGACUCCUAUCAAAGUCCUGAACCCGUGGUUUACAUUUUUUGAUCUGAUCUUUACUUACCUGAACAACUCGGUGACCGCACCUACCUUUAAGGAUGUACCUUAUGUCCUCUCUGACUGUUAGCGCCAGAUAGAAACCACUGAAUCCUUGUGCAGAUUGCUGUUUAUAGAGCCUAUGCCUUUUCAGUGGGGUCCUUAAUCUUUUCUUCUCUUAAGUUCACCACCUGGUUUAUAUGGAUCCAUUCCUACAGAAACUGGAGAUUUGUAUAUAAAGAUGUAAAAGAAAGGUGAAAUGAAGGCUGUGUGAGACAGAGAGAGACAGAGAAUGAGCUUUGCUCUUACAAAGUUUAGAGUUUAAAUAAAAAGUUUCUUUUCUCAAAGUCAAUGUGAGCACAAAGUGGAACUACCUUACACUAACAAACACUCUUUGUCUCUCUCACUUGUCUCUCACACUGAAGUUUUUGAUGCUAGGACCUGGGAGCCAAGUCUCUCACACCUUUUUCGUUGCUGUUUUUAUUCUAUUUUAUUUUAUGUCCUCCUUAUUUAGAGGUGUAAAUUCCAGUUUCUCUACACAGAAUAUGCAGACACUUUUCACGGUUACUCUUUUUUGAGUGCUCCAGUUUCUCCUGCUUCAUAAGGUGUAAAGAAAAAGAAUCAACGUUGUGCUUGAAAUUCAGAGAUUUCAGUAUUUGUAGAGAGUGUGAUAUUGAUUUGUUAUUUAUUGAGAACCAUUUUUUCCUUUCUGUGUGGGUGGAUGUGUGAUGGCUGUGCGUUUGAAUGAGGGUCUGGCGUCUAGAAAGAGUCUACACUGAUUUUUAAGAUUAUUUCUGAGUUUUUUGGCAAAAGUUGUUGACAAUUCAAGUGAAGCCUAUGCCUUGUCUUAAUAUUAUGAAUAUCAGAACUAUGAUUAUUGUUGUGAUGUUACUAUUAUUAAUUAUUCUUAUUAAGUGCUGGAUGCUAAGCUUUACCGUGUGUGUUUCUUUUAUUUGAUAUUUUAUAACUUGUAUAAAAAGAAAGCUUUUAUACUUUGCCUUGUUGUGGACAGCAAGCCAUGGGGCUUUUUAUCAACUUUUUAUUGUGCCGGUUUACGAUUUUUUUUUUGUCAUAUUUGCUUUUUUUUAACUACUGAAGGGGAAAAAACACAUUCACUGUCCUGCUCCUCUGUUAGGUAUUGAUUGAAACAUUUAUUCAGCUUAUGCUUUUUGCAUCACUAAUGUACACUAAAUGAUUAAAAUGGAACCAAAAAAAAGAAAAAAAAAACAACAAUCUAGUACUUUUGUAUACAUGAAGUGCUUUUGUUUUGCAGUCCGUGUUUUAACGUGUGCUUUUUGCCUUUAUUGUCGUGGUAAACAGUUUCGUUGUUGGGUUGUUUUUAUUUUAUUUUUUUAUUUUUUUCCACGAGCUUGUCACUAUUCAUUGCAAUUGCAUUAAAGAAUUGCACAUGUUUUUUAUUUUAAUUCUUAAAAAUGAAGGGCUGUGUGAGAGGACCAGCUAGGUUUAGAAGACUGCAUCCUUAAAAGCAAGCAGAUUAGAGUUUUAUUUCUAUUUUUUCACAGUUAAAAUGACACACAGUAAGGCAGUUUGCAGACUAAACACACAUCUCUGAUGUGAGUGUGUUGAGUCUGCAGUCUGGAUUUGAUUCUUCAAAAAAAUGGACAGAAAGUACAGCUGUAACAUGUUGUGGGAAACAUGUUGCCUGUGAUGGCUGCACACAUUAGGCUCCCUGGUGCAGGUGCCAUUGACUGUACUUCUCAUCAAACCUCCGAACAACUUGUGAUGCUUUCUUCAUUUCUAGCAGCUUUGUUUUUCAUUGUGUUUUUGACCCAUUUAUCAAACUGUUCUUUUUUUCUGGGUUUAAAAAAGACAAUGGGGUAGAAAUUUUGAUGAAUGUUAGUAAUGGGUGUGGAAGGAGCCCAUGAUCAGUGACAAAUCCCGGUCCUGUGGUGCUGUUAUGGCCAAUGAGAGACAUCUGGAUGUAUGUUUGAUCCCUCCCCGGAUCCCACCCCACACUUUACUCUCUUCUUACGACCUGUGCUGUAUGUUCUCUUCCUCAUUCCGGGUUGUACUUCAGGAAAAUGUCCGCCAUCGACCCCUCAAUAUGUGCCUCAAUGACAUUUUUUUUCACCUGCGUGCUUGCGAGAUGAGAUGAAUAUUCGUAUCUCUGGAUAGAUGUUUUUUUUUUUUUCUCCUAACAAGACAAAUCAUAACUGGGCAUAUAUAUCCUUCCUCUUUUCCAUGACCUUUUGUGCCCUGAUUCUGUGGUCUUAAUGUGCAUGCCUGUUUUUAUUUUUGUUAUACCAAAGCGACAUCUUCGGCAUCUGCGCACGGCGGUCUCAUUCCACUCAAUGCAAAACUGGAACUGUUUGCUCUUUUUGCAAAUGAAUAUGGGUAUUCUUUGACAUGUACAAACUGCAAUCCUCAUUCAGCCUGUAUAGCUUGACUCACACAUGAAAAUCAUGAAGCCAUAGAUAUGGGUAUAUCUAUAUACUAUAUUUCAAAAAAAUUGCCGCUUUUUACUUUAGAUUUUGUUCUUCUACCAAGAGUGAUGUGUGUAUACCUUCAUAUAUAUGAAUUUAUAUUACUAUUAUAUAUUAUUUAUUUACUCUUUCAAGUUUCAAAGGUUCUUUCAUUUGUAAAGGGUUGCACUUGAAGCUUGAGGUUUGUUUAUUUUUGUUGGGAAUAUUUGUUCAAUAUGAUACUGACUUUAUAAUGAUUAUUAUCAUAACCCUGUGUUUGUAACAAAAUGUGGUAAAUAAUCCGAAAAAAAAAAAAGAAAAACUGUUCUGCUUUUACACCUGUUUAGUUUUUUGGGCAGAUUUAAGUGCUCUUGUGCUGAUAUUUUUUUGAUUGAUAGUACUGGUCACAGAACAUUUUUACGGUCAACCAUAAGCCUUCUGUUUUGAUGUUGGGUCGAGCCUGCGAGUCGUCCAAGCCUCUUUCUAACUUCAUGUUUAGUGGAAGAAUUAGCUUAAUUAUUAUUAUUUGCAAAAUCCAAUCAGUCUCAAUAAAUUUUGAAAUUGCUGCUGUAGAGAUGUGA